AUGGCGGGUACGACAUGGCGAGCGCUGUUGCUCCUUGGCGUCGUCCUGACGGCGCAGCUGUGCCUGUGCACGGCGUACGUCGGCGGCGGGUUUAGUGUGGAGUUCAUCCACCGGGACUCUCCCAAGUCGCCGCUACACGACCCGUCGCUCACCUCCCACGACCGCGUGCUUGCCGCCGUGCGGCGUUCCGCGGCGCACUCGUACGCCGUCGGCGAUCCUUCCGGCGGCGUGGCCGAGAUCAGGUCCAGUCCGUACGAGUACCUGAUGUACGUCAACAUCGGCACGCCGCGCACCCGGAUGCUCGCCAUCGUCAGCACCGGCAGCAACCUCGUGUCGUUCAAAUGCACCAACGGGACCUCCGGUCCUCCGCCAGCCGCUGGGGCCGCGCCGGUGAGCUACGUGUUCGACACGUCCUCCUCGUCGUCCUACGGCCUCGUGGCCUGCCGGUUGCCCUCGUGCCACGCGGUCCGCGGCACCUCCUGCGACGCCAACUCCAUCUGCCAGUACCACUUCUCCUACGGCGACGGCUCCACGACAGACGGCAUCCUCUCCACCGAGACCUUCACCUUCGACGACGCUCCCGGCGGCUGUGUUGGAUGCCGCGAACGUCCGCAGCUGCAACUGACCAGAGUCAACUUCGGCUGCAUCAAGAACACGAACGGCGGCAACCCGUUCCUCUUGGCCGGCAAUGUCGGCCUGGGCGCCGGGAACAUCUCCCUCAUCAACCAGAUCGGCGCGGCGACAUCGCUCGGCCGGAGGUUCUCGUACUGCCUCGCGCCCUUCUCCGUCAACGCCUCCUCCAUCAUCAACUUCGGCGCCCGCGCCGCCGUGACGGAGCCGGGCGCGGUGACCACGCCGCUGAUCCCCUCGGCCGUGGACGCUUACUACACCAUCCUGCUCACGUCCGUCAAGAUCGGGAACUCGACCAUCGCGCUGCUGGACCCGAUCGUGGGAGAGCUCACGAAGAACAUCAAGCUCCAGCGGAAGCCGUCCCCGGAGAAGCUGCUGGACCUGUGCUACGACGUGGGCGGGACGAUUCAGGACUGGGUGCUGGAGAAGCUGUUCCCGGAAGUGACGCUGGGGUUUGGCGGCGGCGCCGUGAUCACCCUGAAAGCGAAGAACGCGUUCGUACAGCCGCAGCCGGGGACCGCGUGCUUGGCCAUGUCGGCGGCGACGGACAAUGUGGCGGUCAUCGGGAACAUCGCGCAGCAGAACUUCUGGGUCGGCUUCGACCUGGACAAGGGCGCCAUCACCUUCGCCGCUGCCGACUGCGCGAAAUCCUACCCCUCUCCUCCCGCCUCUAAUCAGCUUGAGUAGAUAUAGCUAAUCACCAUGAGUAGAUAUAGCUAAUCACCAUGUAAUAACUAGGAUUAUCGAAUAACUAAUAACCCCUACGUCUAAUG